AUUUCCCGUCCUUUCAUUCAGCUAUAUGACUUUGGCUUUCAAGAUCCUCUUCCCGAGAAACCUUUGUGCCCUUGGCAGAAAAGAACUGUGCCUGUUCUCAGAACAGAAUCACUGGCCUGUCAUAAGACAGUUCAGCCAGUGGUCGGAAACAGAUCUCCUUCGUGGGUGCUGCCUCCUCCAGAGAAGAAAGCCUGUCCUAUCUUUCCAGGGAGGUCAUCUAAGACCACGUGCCACCCACCUUGUUUUCUUCCCAGGGUCGCAUGUGGGACUCUAUACUGGCCCCUAUGAGAUGGCGGAGCAGCGGUUCUGUGUGGACUAUGCCAAGAGGGGCACAGCUGGUUGCAAGAAAUGCAAGGAGAAGAUUUUAAAGGGCGUAUGCCGCAUUGGCAAAGUGGUGCCCAAUCCCUUCUCAGAGUCUGCGGGCGAUAUGAAAGAGUGGUACCAUGUUAAGUGCAUAUUUGAGAAACUGGAGCGGGCUCGGGCUACCACAAAAAAAAUUGAAGACCUCACAGAGCUAGAAGGCUGGGAAGAGCUGGAAGAUGACGAAAAGGAACAGAUCAGCCAGCACAUUGCAGACCUGUCCUCUAAGGCAGCUGGGACACCUAAGAAGAAAACCGCUGUCCAGGCUAAGGUGACAACCACUGGCCAGGUGUCAUCCCCAGUGAAAGGUGCUUCGUUUGUCACCAGUACCAAUCCUCGGAAAUUUUCUGGAUUUUCAGCAGCCAAAACCAACAACUCUGAGCAAGGCUCCUUAAGCUCUGCCCCUAAGACAAGUCUGUCUACAAGUAAAUGUGACCCUAAGCACAAAGACUGUCUACUACGAGAGUUCCGGAAGCUGUGCGCCAUGGUGGCUGAAAAUCCUAGCUACAAUACAAAGACCCAGAUCAUCCAGGACUUCUUGCAGAAAGGCUCUGCAGGAGAUGGCUUCCACGGUGAUGUGUACCUAACAGUGAAGCUACUGCUGCCGGGAGUCGUUAAGAGUGUUUACAACUUGAACGAUAAGCAGAUUGUGAAACUUUUUAGCCGAAUUUUUAAGUGCAACCCAGAUGAUAUGGCCCGGGACCUAGAACAGGGUGACGUAUCAGAGACGAUCAGAGUCUUCUUUGAGCAGAGCAAGUCUUUCCCCCCAGCUGCCAAGAGCCUCCUCACCAUCCAGGAAGUGGAUGCCUUCCUCCUGCACCUCUCCAAGCUCACCAAAGAGGAUGAGCAGCAGCAGGCCCUGCAGGACAUUGCCUCCAGGUGUACAGCCAAUGACCUUAAGUGCAUCAUCCGGCUGAUCAAGCAUGAUCUGAAGAUGAACUCGGGUGCAAAGCAUGUGUUAGAUGCCCUUGACCCCAAUGCUUAUGAAGCCUUCAAAGCCUCGCGAAACCUGCAGGAUGUGGUGGAGCGAGUCCUUCACAAUGAGCAGGAGGUGAAGUACCAAGGCCAGCGACGGACUCUGAGCGUUCAGGCCUCACUGAUGACUCCUGUGCAGCCCAUGCUGGCUGAGGCCUGCAAGUCCAUCGAGUAUGCAAUGAAGAAGUAUCCCAAUGGCAUGUUCUCUGAGAUCAAGUACGAUGGUGAGCGAGUCCAGGUGCAUAAGAAGGGGGACCACUUCAGCUACUUCAGCCGCAGUCUCAAGCCUGUCCUGCCUCACAAGGUGGCCCACUUUAAGGACUACAUCCCCAAAGCCUUUCCUGGGGGUCAGAGCAUGAUCUUGGACUCCGAAGUGCUCCUGAUUGACAACAACACUGGCAAACCACUGCCCUUUGGGACUCUGGGAGUGCACAAGAAAGCUGCCUUCCAGGAUGCUAAUGUUUGCCUGUUUGUUUUUGAUUGUAUCUACUUUAAUGAUGUCAGCUUGAUGGACAGGCCUCUCUGUGAGAGAAGGAAGCUUCUUCACGACAACAUGGUUGAAAUCCAGAACCGGAUCAUGUUCUCAGAAAUGAAGCAAGUCACAAAAGCCUCCGACCUGGCUGACAUGAUAAACCGGGUGAUCCGAGAGGGCUUAGAAGGGCUGGUGCUAAAGGAUGUAAAGGGUACAUACGAGCCUGGGAAGCGACACUGGCUGAAAGUUAAGAAAGAUUAUUUGAACGAGGGGGCCAUGGCAGAUACAGCUGAUCUGGUGGUUCUUGGGGCCUUCUAUGGGCAAGGGAGCAAAGGUGGUAUGAUGUCCAUCUUCCUCAUGGGCUGCUAUGACCCUGACAGCCAGAAGUGGUGCACUGUCACCAAAUGUGCUGGAGGCCACGAUGAUGCCACACUUGCCCGACUGCAGAAGGAGCUAGAUAUGGUGAAGAUCAGCAAGGAUCCCAGCAAGAUACCUAGCUGGCUGAAGAUCAACAAGAUCUACUAUCCUGACUUCAUUGUUUCAGACCCAAAGAAAGCUGCUGUGUGGGAGAUCACAGGGGCAGAAUUUUCCAAAUCUGAGGCUCACACUGCUGAUGGGAUCUCCAUCCGAUUUCCUCGAUGCACUCGAAUCCGGGACGACAAGGACUGGAAAUCUGCCACUAACCUCCCCCAACUCAAGGAACUAUACCAGCUGUCCAAAGAAAAGGCAGACUUCGAUGUAGUGGCUGGAGAUGAGGGGAAUUCCAGUACCGGAGGUAGCAAUGGUGAGAAUGAGGGCACUGCUGGGUCUGCUGCACCCCACAAGGCCCCCAAGGCACCUCCUAGUAAGUCCUCUGCCAGUGACAAGAAGGCCAAACAGAAGCUGAAUAACCCCAACAGCAGAGAUGGCAACAAGGUGAUUCCAAAGCCUUCCCCCAUGAAACCAGGAGACAAGCUGGCUAUGAAGUCUUCUCCAGUGAAAGUAGGGGUGAAGAGGAAAGCUGCUGAUGAAACCCAGUGCCCGACAAAGGUACUGUUGGAUGUCUUCACUGGGGUGCGGCUCUACUUGCCUCCUUCCACACCAGACUUCAAACAGCUCAAACGCUACUUUGUGGCAUUCGAUGGAGACCUGGUACAAGAAUUUGACAUGGCCUCCGCCACACAUGUGCUGGGUAACAGGGACGACAACACUGAGGCCCAGCUGGUCUCUCCAGAGUGGAUUUGGGCAUGUAUCCGGAAACGGAGGCUGAUAGCUCCCUGCUAGGACUUUGGUCUUGCUUGCUCUUUGAGCUGUCCUCACGUUCCUACUCUACUUCUACAUGAGGCUCAGCCUGGAUGGUAGGGGCUGUUCGCUAAGCAGUGCACCUUCUUACACCCUCCAACUCUUCAUGGUCCCUUAUGGAUCAGGAGUUGCUAUGGGCACAAGCAAUUCUCUUGCUAGUUUAACUAGAUCUUUCAGAUCUGGGUGCUAGCUUUGUCUUCUUGUUGAAAAAGAAGCCAACCUUAGUUAUUUGAGGUGCUGAUAACCAACCUACACCCUUAUACAUGCUCGGCACAGUGUUCUGCCAUUGAAAUACAAUUUUAUAAGAAAUCCAA